GAGACAGUGUCACAUCCUCUGUCAACAACCGGUUCACAUAACCUCACAUUAGCAUCCCUCACUGAGCUGAUAGUACCAUUAAAGUGAGCUUAACGUGACAUAUGCUCAUUCAGCGGCUUCUUCUUCUUCUCCUCCCGGGUCCAGGUUAUGGAGGGACGGUGUGCUGUCGAGACUUGGGCACAGUUUGGGUUUUCGGGAAGAUCUUAUAAAGUGAAGAUCCUCUGUGGUUUCGGAACAGAUGUUUUAAUCUGCACUGGCACUGAAGAGAUCUACGUGUUCAGUAAACGUGAGAGGAAAAUCACGACUGUCCUCCUGUUACCUGCUGCUGUUAGUGACCUGGUUGGAAACCAGGACAAGCAGCUAAUCUAUGUUGCAUGCAGGAGUGGAGUUUACCGUGUAAACUUACAGUUUCUGCUACACAGGGAUCAAAGCUCUCAAGCUGAUGCAUCUUCCAGUCCAGCUGAGCUGAAAAUCUCCCAAGAGUGUCUCGUUGUUGGAGCAGAUGAAGUGUCAUCUCUGCUCCUCGUUGGCUCUGUGCUCCUGACCCUUUGCCAGAGAGAUGCCUCCUGGCUGCUGACUUUGUACAAAACGCCAAAGCAAACGGCGUCUACUAGCCACGAGGAGUUUGGCUCGUUCCAUCUGCCGGUGGUCUCAGCUGUGGACUGUGGCGCUGCUGAGUCAAAUAGAGGACCAAGAAAGGGCUCUGUGCUAAUUUGCAUCCAUUCAGGUGAUGUAGAGGCAUCGUCUCCCUCCAAUGCUUCUGCAGAGUCAACUGUAGCUCAAGACCACUUCCACCUGGAGCCUCUCCUCUUCAAACUGUUAUUUGGAGUUGAAGCCGCCCUUGCCAAAUCUCCAGUCAUCCUUUGCGGCCUGCCAGACGGGCGCCUGUGUUUCCUUCCUCUGCGUCUCCCGGGAUCGCGCCUUCGAGUCCUGCACAGCCUGGAGCAGCCGGUCUGUUUUGUCGGUGCAUCUGUUGUCACAGAAACGGGUCACGCACAGUGCUUGGUGGCGGCGGGCGAACAAGGCAGAGUGGUACUGAUCAAGACUGACAAGGCAGGCUCAGAGGGGGGAAGCGCUAUGGCUGCUUUUACUGAGGGGUGUGUACCAGGGCCUGUAUGGUGCGGCUGCAUGGAUAAAAGCUGUUUUUACUACAGCACUGGUGCAGAUCUGCUCCGACUGGAUCUGUCGGAGGGAUCGUUUGCGAGAGAAAGCAAAGAAAGAGGGGAAGAGACAUCUGGGAUGACAGCGGCCGCCCUUCAGAGCCCCAGCAGUUUAAAUGUGUGCAGAGUCAUCGCCCUGGCUGAGCCUGCAUGCAGCACUGCGGCAGGUGAUGUACAGCUGCUUGGAGUGUCUGCCAGAGGGCAGCUCCAGAGGAUCUGCUUACCUGCGGGGAGGGUGGAUGAAGGAUCGUCUAAGCUUCCUUCCACACAGGUGUCCCGCAGUGUCAGGGACCUCCUGUCUGCCAUCGGGGAUGUUUGUGAGAGAGCAUCAGUGCUGAAAACAGUCAUCAAAUCCAAAAACCAGUUUCUGAGGCUUCUGAAUCACGCCGUCAGCGUCAGUUUCCUGCUGAUGGCAGACACAACUACUGAUCUUCCAAUUAAGGAGAAACCAAUCAGAUGUCAUUUCGAGACUAGCUGGAGCAGACUGCUUCAGAAAGACUCUUUGAGCCUCGUGUGUUUCCUGCAUAAUUCAAGUCCAUUUGUCCUGGAACGAGGCUGGACGCUGAGCAUUACGGUGUCCCCUCUGUCUUAUUCUUCCUCCCCAGCAGGAGAAAGCUCCUCCACUAAUUUUUCAUUCCCGUUUCACGACCUCCGUCCGGGGCAAACAUUCGAAGCGUCUCUGCCUAUCGCAGCUGCAGGUGAUGCAUCUUUCCCCAUGACUGUGAGCUGCUCGCUCAUCUUCUCGCUCUCGAGUCUUCUGGGAGAGGAGGAGGUGGCGGCGAGCUUUGCAGGCUUGCAGAGCAGCUGUAUCAGUUUGCCCCUGUCCACACUGACAGUGGACUGGCUGCAUGCUCUGCAGCUAAACAGUCCCACAGCUGCUCAUAAGAUGGCCACAGUUCAGCCCAGCAGCGCCGCAGCAGAUAGCAUCCAGACCUUUUUAAGCUCGCGCCAGCUCAGGUGCAGCGGUAGAACGAACAAAGGAGGAGAAAGUGCUGCAAAGCCUGAGUCUGAGAAGUAUUCAGCAAGCGUAUGGGUGUCAUCAGAGAUAGUGAGGGAUACGCUGAAGCCAAAAAAGAGUUCAAAUUUGGAUGCCAAAGAGUCGAUACGAGACCCCGAAGAUCUCUGCCUGUCUUUGCUUGAGCGACUGUUGUCUGAAGAUACUGAAGGAGUGAAGAUGGGUUGCCAAGGAGACAAGAUUGCUUUGAGCACCUCAGUGGCCCACGCUCGUGGUCCAAACGGAGCGGCAAUGAAACUGACAGUGAAAGAGAUAAACGUGGGGGAGGAGGAGAGCACAGACAAGGAGGCUACAAUUGAGGUUCAGAUCGAGAGCUCAUCUUUAGCAGCGGUGUGUGGCCUGCACCAUGCUGUGCUGCGCCGGAUUCAGACUCUGCUGCAGAGCGCCACAGAGAAAGCCGCCUCUACAAAGAAUGUCCAGAUUUUAGGAUUAAGACGGGCGCUGCAGCGGGCCGAGAUCCAGCAAAGUCAGAUCUCAGGAGCCUUUGGUGAGGUCGUGUCCACAGUGCAGAGAGAUCGACUGCUUCUCAGUGUUUACCAAGAACUCAGACGAAAUCCUCUGCUCAUAGUGUAACACCUACACAGCUGCCCUCGCUUGUUUGGUGUUGUUGCGUAAUCUGACUUUGCUGCCAGCCCUUUCACAGUGCAAAGCACAUGUAAUACUUUAGACUGUAAGAUGGUUUCUAUAUGACAUUUUACAGUAUAUUUUGAUUUUGAAGAGGUUAUAAUUUGGUGAUGUCUAAUAAUAAAGUUUCUCCUGUUUUUUCACAUGACAAUAAAUUCAGUGAAGUAUUUCUGUAACUUUGCUCCUGUUUGUGUUUACACUCAUGUAACUGUUUUAGUUUCCAAGUAUUAAUAUUUUACUACACAACCUCCAAACAGGACUCGGUGCAAAAUGUACAUUUAAAACAACACAAUACUGUGCAUGUUACUUUAACCCUAAGUAUAGUUUCCCAGAUGGCUGCUCCUCCCUGAGCCUGGCUGUGUCAGAGAUUUCUUCCUGUUAAAAGGGAGUUUUUGCUUCCCACUGUUGCCAAGCGCUUGCUCAUAAUGGGUUUAAAAUUGUAUAAAGAUCACAUAAUUUGACAAGCUCCAGAACUGUCUUACAGGUGCAUUUUUACAGUCUCCUGAUAUUUCAGGUGUGUGUGUGACACAGUCACUACAUUGGACACUUUAUUAGGCACACCUUGCUAGUUGAUUGGGUUAAUUAACCCCUCUUUUAACUUCCAUGCUUUCAUGUUGCUUAAGCCAAACUCUGACUCUACCAGAUGUCACAGCAGAAAUUCACAUUCAUCAGACCAGGUAACAUCUUUCCAGCCUGAUAUUGCCCUAUUUUGUUGAGUCCAUGUGAUUUGCAGCGUCAGUUUCCUGUAAC